AUGCCUGCUCUUCACGUUGAGCUUGGCUCCGUGCCGUAUGCGUACUUGCUCGCCUCCUGGGCAAUCAUCCUCUUCUUCGUGUAUCCUUUCAUCUUGUACCUUUAUGAUGCCAAAGGUCUCCGAAAGUUCCCCAACAUGUCAACUUUCUCGGGCAUGUCGAAUCUGCCAUUCAUGAUCCUGGCGCACGGCGGCAACCGCUCUACACAUCUAGCAACGCUACACAAGAAGGAGCCUGUUCUGCGCAUGGGGCCAAACAGCCUCUCGUUUGGCCGCGUACAGGCCAUCAAGGACAUCUACGGCCACGGCACCCCCUGCAUCAAAGAAGAGUCCUACGUCCUCACCGCCGGCACGCACUACCACCUCGCUGACGUCGUCAACAAGGCCGAGCACGCCAGGAAGCGCAAGGUCCUGUCCUCGGCGUAUGCCCUGAAGAACCUGGAACGGUGGGAGCACAAGGUCGCCGACAAGGUCGAUCGCAUGCUCGCCCAGAUUGACAAGCGGUGCUCCGCGCCGCUGCCCAAAGGCCAGAGCCGCGUCAGCCCCCAGGAGGAGGAGGAGGAGCAUCUCGUCGACUUCCGCGCCUGGAUCAACUUCUUCUCCCUCGAUGCCAUCGCAGACAUUGGCCUCUCCGAGCGCCUCGGCCUGCUCGACCAGGGCCAUGACCGAGUCAUGGCGCAGAGGCCCGACGGGACGACAUUCGAGGUCGGCCUCCGAGAGUGUCUCUACCCAACGGCGCGAAAGCAGUCCCUUCUUCUGUGGAGCUACGACUACUACAAGAUCCUCGACAAGCUCGCCAACGUCAUCCCGUUCUACAGGCGGAUGUCCAAGUCUGGCGCCGGCUGGGAGGCCAUCGUGCUCCGGCGGGCAAACCUGCGGCUCGAGCGCUACCGAGCAGCAGAGAAGCUGGACGACUUCUUCCACGCGCUCAUGGAGGACAAGAACGGCACGCCCCACGGCCUGGAGUGGGGGGAGAUUGUCGCCGAGAUCAACAUCAUGAUGAACGCGGGGAGCGUCACCACGGCCAUUGCCAUCACCAACGUCUUGUACCAGCUGCUGCGACACCCACGCACCAUGCGUCUUCUCCGCGAGGAGCUCGACACCGCGCUGGAGCCCGAGGAGCGCAUCGCGCCGUACGACAAGGUGAAACAUCUCCCGUACCUGCGCGCCUGUCUCGACGAGUCGCUGCGUCUCUUCCCCCCGACGCCCCAUGGGCUCCCGCGGAAGACGCCUCCCGAGGGCAUGUAUAUCAUGGGCCGCUACGUGCCGGGGAACACCACCGUUAGCAUAUCCGCUCUGGUCGCUCACCGUGACGAGACUGUGUUCCCCGACGCGGAGCAGUUCCUGCCUGAGCGCUUCCUGGGUGAAAACGGUAGGGCGCUUCAGUCAUCGUUUAUCAGCUUCUCGGCUGGGGCACGGGGCUGCAUCGGUCGCAACAUUUCGUACCUCGAGCAAGCGGUGUUGUUGGCGUCGCUCGUGCAUCGCUACGAGUUUGCCAUGGUGGAGGGAUUCGAGCUGCAGCGGCUGGAAACGAUGAAUCACAUCUUGGGGCCCAUGCCGCUCAAGGUCUGGAGGAGAAGAUAG